AUGGGACCAUCGUUUAAAUGCAAGCAUCUCGACGUCCACUGUAGCGUCAGAGCAAGAGCAGGGACGAAUAAUACAACGGUUAGGGCGAGCAGCGCUCGCCGUAGUCAUCCUCAUGGGCGUGUUACACACGCGAGCGACGCCCUCACUCUUCGCAUCCAAGUGAAACCAAUCAAGAGGAAGGAAGAUGGCGACGGAGGUUCGAGCAUCACCGAUGACAGUGAUAACGACACCAACACCGGCCAUGCCGAGUCGAGUGGUCGCAAGGCAUCGACCGUCGUCGACUUGCUGACUUUCGUCUCCGUCGCCGCACCCGAGCAGACCGCGUCUCUCAGAAUCUGCGCCAACGCCAUCAAUACAAUAGCUUCUUCCACUUCCACUACCCCACUACCCCAACCCAACUCUCUUCCAUCUCCUACGAACCCCGUAGCAGGGAUCGCGGGUGCGGGACACGGCUCCGCGCUCGCCGACUGCCGACAGGUGUCACCCCAAUCGGCGCAAUCUCAGCUCGGCCGUUUGCGCCUGGCGCUCCCGGUGGGCACCAUCGCAGCGAUCAUCAUGAUCGCUAUGUUCUGCAUCACGCUCGGGAUGGUCAUCUACGUCACGCAGAAGGGAAAGUCGUGGCGACGCUUCCGCGAGCAGCAGCUGAAGCACGAGAGCCAGCUGCUGGCAUUCUCUUUUGGGGGUGGUGUACGAGGCGGACGUCAAGGAUCGGGUGGUUUUGAGAGGGGGAGAUGUGCGAGCAGGUCCCGGAGCGGAGAUGAGGGAAGGACCAUGGAGUAUGCGCGCCCGGGGACCGGCGGGGACGAGAAACCGGAAGACAAGGCGUUGGUGGAACGCUCGAUCUCGCUCAAGUCGCUCAAGUCUCUUUUCCUUCCCGGUUUACGGCUGGAUAGGUCGCUCUUGGAUUUGCAGAGCAUUGAAGAGAGCGGGCCAUCAACGCCCCUGGACGCACGGAAUUUCAGGCUAGAUCCCAGGGAGGACUCCCCCGUGCGAUCGCCAGAAGAGGCUGCCUGCGUUGACGGUGGUGCAGAUGCGAACUCGGUGUUGCCGGGUACGGAGGAUAGACCGUCAUCGUCGUCUUCUGCAACUUCGACAACGGUGGCUCCUACCGCGCACCCUCCGAAUAAGGAUGCCUUGCAUGCUCCACUGUGA